AAUCGCUAGUAUAAGACUUUAGAUAUUAUCUUUAAAAAAAUGUUUGCCUGCUAAAAUAUAGUUUAUAACAUUUUUCAUUUUUAUUUUGCAGAAUCAAAGUAUUUAUGUAUAGUCCCUUUGUAUUAGAGGUGUCAACUUAUAAAUAUUCAUGGGUUAACCUAGUGUAAUUGACUUUAGAGGGCUAUGGACACGUCCAAUUGAUAAAUAGUUCCAUUGGACACAAGAUCAAUAGGUCUAUGAUUUAACUGGGCAAACAUCAAAUCAACAAUAAAUAGAAAUAUAUUUGUAUGAGUAUAUGGCGAUAUAAAUCUGCAUUGAAUUUAUUUUAAGAUGUACCUUUUUAAUGACAAUGAAAGACUAUUAUAUUACUCAAAUAUUUUGAGAUGUACAUUAAAAGUACUUAAACUACAAUAUACAUACUUUUGUGGUAUGUUAUUUCAUAAAUUUUUACGGGCAUAAACCUAACUUAAUUCAUCAAAAAAUAUUUUAUUAAUAACUGCAUAAGUAAAAUAUAUCUGUAUGAGUAUAUAUAUGGAGCCAUAUAAUCUGGAUUUAGUUGAUGUCAAACCAAAUUUUUUAUUUAGUUCAUUUUAAGAUGUAUAUAUAGUUAAAAUAUUUGAAAUACAACACAUACUUUUGUAGUAUGUUUUUCUCACAAAUUUAUAAGAGCAUGAACCUUAUUAUAAAUUUUACUAAUAAUAAAGUAAAAAGAAAUAUAUCUGUAUAAAUAUAUGGCACUAGAAUCUGGAUUUGAGGAAAUAUUUAAUUUAUGAUUUCUUUAUUUUCUUGAACAAAAAAUAUCAAUAAAUAAUUUAAUAUCAUCCUUCUAUUUUUAAUUUUAACGCUUCUUCAUAACUUUUUCUUAUGAAAUUUCACUUCUAAAUAACUUUAUGAGUUGUACUUUUAAUAUUGGUCUAGAUUCAGCCAAAAAAAAAGUAAAUUUUAUGUGAUUCAUGUACUGUUUUGGUUUAUAAGUAUCAUUUUCAUGUUUUUUUCUCAUAUCCAUUGCAAGUUGUUUCCACAAUAUGCCGUUAUUUUAUUAAAUAAUGUUACCGUCCUAUCUACAUAUGAAAAAGAAGAUUUGACACGUGUCUAUAAUUUCAGCGCAUUUUCCGUAAUUAAUACAGAAUGCAAGGGUAAUUCCAUGAUGCAACACCUAUAAAUGCACAGGAAACAAGAAUAACUACAAUCCCAGAAAGCAUAGUUCUUAAAAUUAAAAACAAAGAGAAAAAUAAAAGAAGAGAGAUGGGUUUGGUUACAGAUGAAGUGAGAGCUAGGGCAGAGAUAUACACAGGAGAUGAGUUAUGCCGCCAGAAGACGAAGGAGGUCCUCAAGGAAAUUGAUAUGCCUAAUGGGUUAUUGCCAUUGAAGGACAUAGAAGAGGUUGGAUAUGACAGAGAAACAGGUGUUGUGUGGCUGAAGCAGAAGAAGAGUAUCACACACAAGUUUGAAGCCAUUGGGAAACUUGUCUCUUACGGCACUGAGGUCACCGCCGUGGUGGAAGUCGGAAAGAUCAAGAAGCUGACCGGUGUUAAGGCCAAGGAGGUUUUUAUUUGGGUCACUCUCAAUGAGCUUGCCUUGGAUCAGCCAACAAGUUCUGGGAAGAUCAAUUUCAGGACACUGACCGGUCUGUCCAGGACUUUCCCGGUUUCGGCUUUUGUGGUUCCUGAGGUUGUGUAGCCGGCAAUGGAAAAGAAUUGAGGCUAAAGAAGUUGGUGCAAUCAGAAGUGCUUAUUUACUUAAAUCUCGCUCUCUUUUUAAUUAUCUUAAUCAUGUAAUACAUUCUGCUUCGUCUGCUUGAAUUUCUUAAUUAAUAAGAUUUUAAAGAUUCCAUGUUCCAGACUAAACCACAAUAAACCGAAAUAUCCGUCAAAAACCUUAGGUUCUACUUGUCUAGAUCUGAACAUUCUGAUUUUCUCCAUGAUCUUCUUUUAAACUCCGUGUGUUUAUGCGUUUAAGUAGACUCACCCGCCACAAAUGGCAUCCUCAACCAAAUCAUAAGUUCAUCGCAUUUUCCCAUCGACUUUAAUAAGUAUACUAGAUUUUAACCAUUCCAAGCGCGUGUUUGUUUUCGUUAUUUUAAAUAAAUUUUUAUAUAAGAUAUUGUAUAGGUUUGGACAAAUAUCCGGACCGUGUACCAAACCUUAUGAAAUGGGUACCUACAAUUUUAAAUAAUUAUAUUACUUAAAACCGGAAUAUCCUUCAAAAACCUUAGGUUCUACAUGUCUAGAUCUGAACAUUCUGAUUUUCUCUAUGAUCUUCUUUUAAACUUCGUGUGUUUAUGCGUUUAAGUGGACUCACCAGCCACAAAUGGCAUCCUCAACCAAAUCAUAAGCUUUAUCGCAUUUUCCCAUCAACUUUAAUAAGUAUACUAGAUUUUGACCAUUCCAAGCGUGGGUUUGUUUUCUUUAUUUUAAAUAAAUUUUUAUAUAAGAUAUUAUAUAGGUUUGGACAAAUAUCUGGACCGUGUAGCAAACCUUCUCAAAUGGGUACCUAAAAUUUUAAAAUACCAAUUAUAUACUUACAAAUAUUAAUUACAUUUGAUUUCAAAAUAACCAAAUAUCCUAAAAAUAUUAUUUAUAUAAACUAAAUUACUCGAAAACCUAAAUUACCCAGAAAACUUAAUUACUUGCAUAUUCUUAAUUCAAAAUAUUAAAAGAUAUCCAAAUUAUCAGAUAUGUUUUCCCGAAUUACCCAAUAUUUAAACUAAAAACUCCAUAUUAUCUGAUAUUUUUAUCUAUAAAUCCAUAAUUACCCGAAGAGGAUGUGGGGAAAUGUGUUGUUAAUAUAAAUUAAUUUCUUAUAAAGUAACAGUAAAAAAAAGUUUGUUUUGAGUAAAAUCUAUAUAUUAUAGAUAUUAACAUAAAUAGUGCGUGUAAAUAGUAUUUUAAGCUUAUACUGAAUGUGUAGUGUUAAUGUGCAUUAAAUUAUAAUUUUUUAGAAUAUUAUGAGAUGAAAUAGAAAUUAAAAAAUUCCAUAUUAUAGAUAAGAUUUCCGAAAUAUAAUUUAUUGAAUUGGAAAACAUAUUUUAAAUUUUUGAAUAGGUACUAGAAAUCUGAUCGAAGUGAUUUUAUUAUAAGAUUUUGGAGAAAUAUUUGCCUCUUCUUCUUUUUCCAAACAUGUUUAGGAUGUCUAGUUAUCGAAUUCAACCUUUUAAUAGUAUUGAUUUAAAUUCUUGAAGAUUAUUACCAAAUUCAACAUAUGGUUCCUUUCUCAAAUAUUUGUAAUAUUCAUUACCAAAAUUGACUGUUUUAAUUUUGAUUUCAAAUCUUGAGCAAUAUUUAAAAACCAGUUUCGUUAUUUAAGUAUUAAAUGGUUGUUUUCGUAAUGUAUAAAAUAUUUUCUUACGGACUACAUAUUGAUUAAUGUCGUUGAGAUAUUGUUUAGAAAAAAUAUAUUAAUGGAACACAU